GGCUUAAAGGCGGCGCAUCGACGAACAUCUUCAGUGACUGUAACUUCUCUUCAGCUCUCAACUUUACAAAAACUUUUAGUUAGACAUUUUUUUACACUUUACACCGAGUAGAUGCCGAGCAUCGGCUCCCCGGCUGGAUCCGAAGGGAUGUUCUCCAAACUGAUUGACGAGGAGGCGUUAGACCGCAGUCCAGAUGUGCAUCGGAACGCCCACCCGGUGAGACUCCUGAUGACCGGCGGGCCCGGGAAGUACCGCCUCGCCACCAUCUGCUUGGCUACGCUGUGCGGCGUCCUGCUGAUCUCCAUCAUUGCCGUCAGCGCACACUACAAGAAUAAAGCAGCAGGUGGCGCUGCAGUGCAGGAUGUGGACGCUCUGAGCGCCACCAUCAGCAAGCUGCAGCAGGAAAAGGCGGAGUUGCAGAGCAAACUGGCCGCCGAGACCGCAGCUGCAGGUAGAGGGCGCCACACGGGGUCGCCCGGCGUGAACGUGGAGGUGUCUCAGUCUACGGUCCCCGCCAGAACGCGGGCGACGCCGGCGCCCAUCGUCUGUCCGAUGGAGUGGCUCCUCUUCAACGGCAGCUGCUACUUCAUCUCUCGGCUGUCCAGGGACUGGCCGGAGAGCCAGUCCUACUGCGAGAGCAAAGGAGCUCACCUGGCCAUCAUCCAAACAGCUGAGGAGCAGACGUUCCUGUGGGAUCAACUUCCCAGAGGCCACUGGAACGCGUACUGGUUCGGAAUCACUGACGGCCACACAGAGGACAAGUGGACCUGGGUGGACGGGACGCCGCUAGUGGGAGGCUUCUGGGAGGAGGGAGAACCCAACAACCACAUCAACGAGGACUGCGGCUACAUGGUGAAGACCCGGGUCCUGGAGCGGGUGGCGAUCCGAAGCUGGUACGACGCCCCCUGUGACAUGUACCGGCCCUUCAUCUGCGAGAUGGAGAUGGGCGGAGCUCGCAGCACCGCCCUGCCACACUGAGAGGGGAGGGGUCGUGGAACUGUACGUCAUCACGUGGAAACACAAUUUAGAUUGCGGAAAAUAGCCUUAAUGCUGUGAUGUUGGAAGUGUUGGAAUGGGUUGAAUAAUGUAGGAAAAUGACAUUUAAUGGGAAUUUACGGUUCGGAAAAUGUAAAAUCUGAUAUUUUUGGCACAUGGAAAAUAAUUAGCCUAAAUGUUUUGAUGUUGAAAGUAAAUGUUUUAUUACAAUACUGUAACUAUUCUUUAGAAAUCACACCGUUUUUGAAUGUUUAAUACGAGCUGCGAUUUGUCCUACUUUUUGGACGGUUAUUGAACGCAGCAUCUACCGUUCUCCGAUGUAUGGUUGUAUUUUGAUGUAUUUCCCCCCGUUUUCUUUCAUCUCAUAUUUGCUCCCGAAUGCUAAUUGUUGAUGUGCUCUCAUUUCAUUUUGUUUGUUAAAAUGUCAUGAUUUAUUUGUUCAUUUUGGUAUCACGUGACUGUGAUUAGGGAACUGCCCACAUGCUCUAAUUAAUAUAUAUAAAACAGGUGAG